CAGGAGGGUGAGUUAGUCGCAAGGCGGCUUGCCAUUGGGUUCGCCGCCGAGGAAUUCGGCGCCAGGACGCGGGUUCGCCUCAGAGCGAUGCCCUGGCUCUUCGUGAAGCUGAAGUGAGAGGGUCCAGGCGCGGGCCCAGCCCUGGCUGGGCAGCAUGACCAAGCCCCGGCUCUUCCGGCUGUGGCUGGCGCUGGGGUCUGUCCUCAUGGUCCUGCUCAUCAUUGUGUACUGGGACAACGUGGGCACUGCCCACUUCUACCUGCACACCUCCUUGUCCAGAACGCACGUGUUGGCACCCCUCCCGACCCCCGGGCAGGGGGAGGACAAGGAAUUUGCCUCCGAUGUGGACGAAUUUCUAGAUAAGCUGCUCGCUUCUGAUACAAAGCAAAGUGAAUUCUCCAGGAAAAAGACCAAGCAGUCCCCAGUGCUGGUCCCUAGCAAGCCAGCACAGAGCCACAUGGAAGAGAGCGUGAGAGGCUACGACUGGUCCCCCCAGAACGCCCAGCAGCACCCCAACACAGGCCAACAGCAAGCAGAGCGAAGGAGCGUGCUACGCCACUUCUGCGCCAACUCCAGCCUGGCCUUCCCCACCAAGGAACGCUCCUUCGACGACAUCCCCAACUACGAGCUGAACCACCUCAUCGUGGAUGACCGGCAUGGCGUCAUCUACUGCUACGUGCCCAAGGUGGCCUGCACCAACUGGAAGCGCGUGAUGAUCGUGCUAAGCGAGAGCCUGCUGGACCGCGGUGCCCCUUACCACGACCCGCUGGACAUCCCGCGCGAGCGCGUGCACAACACCAGCACGCACCUGACCUUCAACAAGUUCUGGCGCCGCUAUGGCCGCUUCUCCCGGCACCUCAUGAAGAUCAAGCUGAAGAAGUACACCAAGUUCCUCUUUGUGCGCGACCCCUUUGUGCGGCUCAUCUCUGCCUUCCGCAGCAAGUUCGAGCUGGAGAACGAGGAAUUCUACCGCAAGUUUGCAGCGCCCAUGCUGCGGCUCUAUGCCAACCGCACCAGCCUGCCCACCUCGGUGAGUGAGGCCUUCAGCGCCGGCCUCAAGGUCACCUUCACCAACUUCAUCCAGUAUCUGCUGGACCCCCAUACCGAGAAGCUGGCGCCCUUCAACGAGCACUGGCGGCAAGUGUAUCGCCUCUGCCACCCGUGCCAAAUAGACUAUGACUUCGUGGGGAAACUAGAGACGCUGGAUGAGGACGCCGCCCAGCUGCUGCGGCUCCUCAAGGUGGACACACAGGUCCACUUCCCCCCAAGCUACCGGAACAGAACUGCCAGCAGCUGGGAAGAGGACUGGUUCGCCAAGAUCCCACUGGCCUGGCGGCGGCAACUCUACAAACUCUAUGAGGCAGAUUUUGUUCUCUUUGGCUACCCCAAGCCCGAACACCUCCUCAGAGACUGAGGCCCACUCCAAGAGUCAUGCCAGUCCUGUCACCCAAAGCUCAUAGGGGCCUGGUGCCACAUCCAAGCAGGGUGCUGGGGCCGAGCUGUCUCUUCUGCUUCCUUGCCCUUGUGCGUAGUGGCACAUUCCCUCAGGGGAGGCUGCUGAGGGUCUGGACUUGACUUCACAUGUUCCAGGUUUUAAAGCACUCACGGUUUUGCAGUCUGGGCUUGCCCUUCACUCCACAGCCUGUGUUCACUGAGCACUGUGUUGAUGUUGUUUUCUAAGAUUAAUAUAUUUCAGAUAUUUAAUAUGAAAGUGGAAGAAAGCCAGAGUAAAUUGUGGCAGCUGCGCUCUCACCCCUCUGUGGUUCUUCAGAUUGCACCCCAGGCGCACACAGUGGGUGGGGACAGUAGUGAAUAGGUACCCCAGGCCUCACACAGUCACUGGGAGGAGGAGGCUUCAUGGUGUCUCAGUGGGGAGGAGGAGCCUGAAGCUGAAUGCAGGCUGGUGUCAGUUUUCACUAGUGGGCUGGGUGCUUUCAUAAGAAAAGAGCUUUAUGAGCCCGUUGUUCAGAAGUGCAGCAUCAUGGUGCCAGCGUCACCUUGGCUCUGGCGAGGACUUCAGGGCAGAGGCAGUGGCAGGGGUUAUGUCACCAGAUAGGUGAUCAGAGCGCAGCAGGGGUCCUGGGGCCCCUUUCAAGGGCAUGGGCCCCCCCAGGACUCCCCAGCUCCACCCGUUGGAGAACCGAGCAUCAGCACAGGGGCCCUGGGGGACACAGCCAGACCACAGCGCAGUCCUUGCAUGCAUUUUUAAAAGGAUGGCAGGCAGAUCCUUUAAAAGUGCAAGCCCUCAUGUACACGAUGCGCCUGGAAGGUGUAGCCGCCAGAUCUUCGGGGCUUUCUGUCUGAGAUCAGGAUGGGUCAUAGAGAAGCUGUCUUUGGAUCAGGGCCACAGGAGAGGCCAAACUUCCCCACCCCAGCUGUCCUUUAGACAGUAGUAGCUGUCUUCAUCCUAGUCAGCAGGGGCGGUGUGGCAGGAGGUUGUCAAGGGUACUGUUUCCAUGGGUACUGUUGUCAUUGGGAAGCUUAGGUGCCACCGUCUUGCAGACUGGCUGGUUCAGCUCCAGUGCCAUUUGCCCUCAGGACACAGCUGGCCUUGAAUGCUCAGGUGUAUGUGUGGGGUUUGAGUGAAGCUCCAGAAGGCACCUUAGGAAGCCCCCAAGCAGCGAGCCACACUCCUGUAGGCUACCUUGCCACCACGCUGGAUGGUGCUGCUGCAUAGACUCCUGCUGUCAGCAGCACACUGGCAGUGUCUUUUCAUUCAUGGCAUUUGGUCAGCACUGCCGAGCCCCCGGAGUGUUGGUAGUGCUCUGUUGGGGCGUGUGCUGCAUGUCUGCAGCGCAGUAUCCUUGCUUGUCCCGUUUCCAGGAGGGAUCAAAGCCUGUGAAGUGUGUGGCUGCUGGGUGACCCUGGACUCAGUCUCCACCAUAUUAAAAAUCACAGCCUUCCUUUCAUGGGUUGUUAGAGCAGAUGCCAGCCACAUUCACUGGCCCGCCCAGCUCCUAUACAGGGCCACCAGCUUGGCCGAGACAUGUGGAGAUGGCUCCGGAAGAGGGCCGCCCCACCGUGCUGGAGGGAAGACUUCAUUCCCUCUGAUUCUCUGCCGUGUCUCUGGCCUACAAUGUGCAGUAGGCUG